AUGGAGCUGUUAGUAUCCAAAGGAGAUUAUAUGAGAUAUUUCAGAAGAUCUUUAUUGCUAGUUUUAGCAUGUGUAAUAGUUUUUGUGUGCACUGAUCAGGACUACUAUAGUUUACUUGGAGUAUCCAAAGAAGCAAGUAGUAGAGAAAUACGACAAGCGUUCAAAAAACUGGCGUUAAAGUUGCACCCUGAUAAAAAUCAGAAUGAUCCAAAUGCACAUGAAAACUUUUUGAAAAUAAAUAGAGCCUAUGAAGUACUUAAAGAUGAAGAUCUACGGAAGAAGUAUGAUAAAUAUGGAGAGAAAGGUCUUGAAGAUCAGCAGCAAGGAGGUCGUUAUGAAAGCUGGCACUUUUAUCGCUAUGAUUUUGGUAUUUAUGAUGAUGAUCCUGAAAUUAUAACAUUGGAUAGAGGAGAAUUUGAUGCUGCUGUUAACUCAGGAGAGCUGUGGUUUGUGAAUUUUUAUUCUCCUCGAUGCUCCCACUGCCAUGAGUUAGCACCUACGUGGAGGGAGUUUGCUAAGGAGAUGGAUGGAAUAAUACGCAUUGGAGCUGUCAACUGUGGAGAUAAUAGAAUGCUUUGUCGAAUUAAAGGGAUUAACAGCUAUCCCAGUCUGUAUGUUUUCAAAACUGGAAUGCAACCAGUGAAAUAUUAUGGAGAUAGGUCAAAAGAGAGCUUAAAGAACUUUGCCAUGCAGUAUGUUACAAGCACAGUCACUGAGUUAUGGGCAGGAAACUUUGUUAAUGCCAUUGAAACUUCAUUUGCUUAUGGUGUUGGUUGGCUGAUCACCUUCUGUGCUGAACGUGGCGAUUGCUUGAGUUACCAAACACGCCUUAAGCUAGCUGGCAUGUUGGAAGGGUUUUAAAAAAAAGUAGGCUGGAUGGACUGUGGCACCCAGGGUGAGCUUUGUGAUAAUUUAGAUAUCUCAUCUAGUACUACAGCAUACUUUCCACCUGGAGCCACCAUAAAUAACAAAGAGAAAGGAGGUGUUUUGUUUCUUAACUCCUUGGAUGCCAGAGAAAUAUAUCAGGAAGUAAUGCAGCAUCUGCCAGACUAUGAAAUUAUCUCUGCAGCAUCAUUAGAGGACCGUCUGGCUCAUCACCGAUGGCUGCUUUUCUUCCAGUUUGGGGAGAGUGAUAAAUCAAAUGUACAGGAAUUUAAGAAACUUAAAUUUUUGCUUAAAGAUGAACAUAUUCAGGUUGGCAAGUUUGACUGUCUUUCCUCACCGACCAUCUGCAACAAACUAUAUGUCUAUCAGCCUUGUUUAGCAGUCUUCAAAGGAAAAGGAACUGGAGAUUAUGAAAUUCAUCAUGGAAAGAAGAUCUUAUAUGACAUUGUUGCAUUUGCUAAAGAAAGUGUCAACUCUCAUGUUACCACACUGGGACCUCAGAAUUUUCCUGACAAAGAGAAGGAACCAUGGCUUGUGGAUUUCUUUGCACCGUGGUGUCCUCCUUGUCGAGCUUUGUUACCAGAGCUGAGAAAAGCAUCAAAACAUCUUUAUGGUCAGCUUAAAUUUGGAACAUUAGACUGUACCAUCCAUGAAGGGCUUUGCAACAUGCACAACAUUCGAGCUUAUCCAACAACAGUUGUGUUCAAUCAGUCUGAUGUUCACGAAUAUGAAGGACAUCACUCUGCUGAGCAGAUCUUGGAGUUUAUAGAGGAUCUUAGGAAUCCAUCGGUGGUCUCCCUAACACCAGAGACAUUUGUUGAAUUAGUUCAGAGAAGAAAACGAGAGGAAAUCUGGAUGGUUGACUUCUAUGCUCCGUGGUGUGGACCUUGCCAGGCUUUAAUGCCGGAAUGGAAAAAAAUGGCCAGGAUGUUAAAUGGAUUAAUCAGCGUAGGCAGUGUGGAUUGCCAAAAAUAUUAUUCUUUCUGUCACCAAGAAAGUGUUCGGGGAUAUCCUGAAAUAAGACUCUUUCCUCAAAGAUCGAACACGGCUCAUCAAUAUUAUAGCUACAAUGGAUGGCACAGAGAUUCAUAUUCACUGAGAGGCUGGGCACUGGGAUAUUUACCACAAGUGUCCAUAGACCUGACUCCUCAAAGUUUCACAGAAAAAGUUCUGAAUGGAAAAGAUCACUGGGUUAUUGAUUUUUAUGCUCCUUGGUGUGGACCUUGCCAAAAUUUUGCUCCUGAAUUUGAAAUCCUUGCAAGGACCAUUAAAGGAAAAGUAAAAGCUGGAAAAGUAGAUUGUCAGGCGUAUGCUCAGACCUGUCAAACUGCUGAUAUCAGAGCCUACCCUACUGUUAAGUUUUACCCCUACCAAGGAACAAAGAAAAAUGUUCUUGGCGAAUAUAUAGACAGCACAGAUGCAAAAGGUAUUGCUGACCUUUUGAAUGAAAAACUAGAAGCAAUUCAAAAUAAAGGAAAAAGAAAAAAAUCUAGAAAUAAGGAUGAACUCUAAGUGGUAUGGGAGGUAGAUACGAUUCAAAAUAUUCUGAAGCUGUGACUAUAGAAGACACCAUGAGGAAAAUAUAAGGCUGAUCAACGUUCAUGGCAGGACAAAAGAGAUAAAAAACUAGUUUGAGCUCACGGGCAUAUGUGACUGUAUGAAUUCUGUUAAACUGUCGGCAGAUGAACUCAUUUUGGUUCAGGUGGAGGCAUUCACUGUUUCUGCAAAUGAAUUCUGCAUGUCCCUCUUCUGAUAUACCCACUACCUUCUUCCUCAUCAAACAUUGGAGUUGACCAAACUGUGGACUGUAUCACUUUUGCCUACCCAUUUACUAGCUCCUUAUAUUUUUGUCUCUUUUCAAACACUUUUUGAAUGUGGCACUCAGCCUAUGGCUGAAUAUGCACUCAAAUCACUCUGCAAUGCAGAAACACAAUGAGAGAUUGUCUAUUUGAAAGACAAACAGUUUUACCUGAUGAUUAUUCUGCUUUGGAGUUGUGUUAUUGUCUACUCA